GAAUCUCCAAGCUCACAACUUACAUUCCAGAAUCAACCAUACACCAUAUCUCUUCCAAAAAUGAGCGCUGUUACCCGUAGCCACCAACCGCCCAUCGUCACAUCAGCCCUCGCAGAUUACUGCAUCAGGGUAUCCUUCAAAUGUCAAAGUUGCACCGAGCCCAACAUCUUCGAAAUCAAACGAUGCGACAAAGCAGUUCAAUCCAAGACAUGGUACCACCCCUGCGAACACGCCGUCAUUAUCAAAGUCGCAAGUAAAGCCAGCAUGUGUAAGAACUGCUGGGGUCUCGCAGAUGCCUUGAGAAUUCCAAUCUGGAAAGCCAUGUAUCACGAAGGACAGACAAUCAGCAAUACUUUUCUGGAGACGUUUGAGAAUCUAGGACGUUUGGGAUUUAAACUCAAGGAAAAAAGUCACGAGCAAAUUCGGGUGAAGGGAGCAAUCGUAUGGGUGAAGAGAUUAGCAGAUGAAAUUCCAGGUACAGAAGUUUAUCUCCCCUGGCGCGCAUCACUGGAUAAUCUUGCCGACGAGAUCGCCAAGCCAAAAUGUAUUUUCGGGGGCCAAAUAAGCAUUGCGAGCGUGUUGCAAGAUCGUCCAGAAUGCGCGGAGAUCAUAAGACGAAACGUCGUUGAUAUCAUGGAGAAAACAGAUGCUGCGGGAAAAUUUCUGGAGGAAAGGGGAUUUCUGAUUGAAGGUCAGACUCUCGGUUGGGCAUCUGCGUCUUAUGGUGAUGUGCAGACUGAGAGACAUCUUUGGGGUUUUUUGCAGGGGAGUGGAGUAGUGAAGUCUGGGGAUGAUGGUCUGGUUGAAGUACGCAAUUUCAAAAAUGGGAAGAAGGUACAAGUUAUGGGGGUGGGAAAAUAGGGGUCCGCGGAUGGGCUGACUGAGACUGACGAUAUGAUGAUGCUCUGGGUAGGAAACUGGGGAAUACUUGCGAUUUAUCUCAAGCCUGAAUUUUAUGCUUCUGGUAGCGCUGGUUCCGCGUGGAAUAUUUGAGACCUUUUUUGAAAAUCA